AUGGACGAUGAACCUGUGAGUACUAAUACUACGGAUGACGGACCGCAUACUAUUCCCGACAUUGAGACUGGUGGUUUUGGAGAUUGGGAUAAGAUGUUUGGAGGGAGUAGUAGUGAGCGCCAGGCUUACGAAGAGAGGACACCAACUCGUAACUCAGAAGUUAUCGACUCAUAUCCUGACUGCGCUCGAUCAUACAGCAGGGGCUACACAUUCCUCGACUUAUUCAAUUCAGACGAGAACAGCAAACACCGUGCAACGAAUCCGUAUUAUCCAUUCAGUGGCCAGAAAGACUGGGAAGUUAGGUCAUGGCUACUUCGCUCUGGAUUAAGCAUGGGGAAGAUAGACAGUUUUCUUUUGCUCAACAUGAUAAAGACCCUUCCAUUGUCGUUCCAUUCAGCCAAGGAACUGUGCAGCAGAGCAGAAAUGUUGCCUAGUGGCCCGCGCUGGAUGUCUCAAGUAGUACCUACAGCACAUCCCACGAAAUUGCCCGUUGUCUUGUAUUGGCGUGAUCCCUUAGAUUGUAUUUCAGGCCUUCUCAACCACCCUGCCUUUCACAAUCAUCUAGACUUUACACCUCGCAGGGUGUAUAGCACUGCGCAGCGGCUGUGCCACGUGUAUUCAGAGUGGAUGACUAGUGAUGAUGCGUGGAAUAUGCAGUCGUCCCUACCAAGAGGUGCAACACUCCUGGGGACCAUCUUAUUGUCUGACAAGACAAAUAUAUUAACCAUGACAGGCAACAGAGUUGCACACCCCCUUCUUAUUAGUCUUGCCAACAUAGGCAUGUCCAUGCGACUCAAGUCAUCUUUGAAUGCCUUUGUGCUUACCGCUCUACUUCCUGUCCCCAAAUUCAUUCACAAGAAAAAAUGCAUGCGAGGCGUACUUGAGGAUCGCCUCAUUCACGAAUGCUUAGAUAUUUCACUACUGUUUACACCACUCACGAGCUACAUUGUCGAUACCCCGGAGGCCAUGAUGCUGGCUGCUGUUGGUGGGAAAACCUCCCCAGUCACUACAGCCAUGUACAAACAGUUUGGAGACCCUUUCCGUCAUGAGCCUCGCACACGAGCAACUACACUCUCCCAGCUGGACAUUGCGCGGAGUAAAGCUGAUCCCAACAACAUUGAGGCAUUUUUUCACGAAGCACAGAAGCUUCGUUUGAAUGGUGUGAACGCACCAUUCUGGAUGGAUUGGGUCCUCAGUGAUACAUCACAUUUUCUCACUCCCGAAUUUCUUCACCUCAUUCAUCACAAGUUCUACGACCACGACACAAAGUGGCUUAUUUGCGCAGUAGGUGAUACAGAGAUUGACUUUCAGUUCUCUGUGUUGCAGGCUGUCACUGGGUUCCGUCAUUUUCAUGGUGGGAUUUCAAAGCUCAAACAGGUUACAGGACAUACUCAAUGCAACAUUCAAUGCUUGAUCAUUGCAGUCAGUGCGGAUGCAAUUCCUAGUGCAGUGAUGACUGCUGUACGAGCUCUGAUGGACUUUCGAUAUCUCGUACAGUCACCCGUAAAUGACAACAUCCUACUCGCCUGA